UUUAUAAAAUCCUCUUUAAUCCUUCUAAAUCCAUCUAUAUCUCCCUUUAUCACUCAAACCCUUUUAUUUUAUAUCCGCUUUUUAACCACCCAAAUCCUCGUUAUCGCUCCUAGUCCCGCGAUAUCCUUCCCAAUCCGUCAAAUCACUUGUUAUCCAGUUUAGCCACCAAAACCUCGUUAUCCAUUUAUAUCUCCACAAAUACACAAGGAAUCCUCCAGGCUCCUUCUGAAUCCUUCUUGAUCCUUGCACUAAAAAGGAAGAAUUAAUGUUCUUGGCCGUCUGAAUAAUUGAAUUUAUCAAUUUCAUGGUUUCCUUAAAUAAUUGUGUCGAUUUUAACUUUUCUUUCUCUGUUUUUGUUAUUGGUCAGUCUGAUCUUUUUCUUUGUACUCGCGCCAACUUUUUUCCCCUUCUCUAACCUCAAUGACUUAUUAAUUCUCUUGUAAAUCUUUUAAUCAAUUUAUCACCUCAUUUGCAACCCAUCGAAGAUUAUGUUUUUAAUUGGUGUCCUUAUAUAAAAAGAUUAAUUUACCUCGACUACUUAUAGCAGUUGUCGAGUGGAGGGGCAAGGGGGGUUCAACACGCAAAGGCACGUUGUUGUACAUAUCGGGAUGUCACGGGUUGAGAAAAAAGUCGGGUCAUAUUUUCAAAGUUUACGGGUCAACAAAAAGUACGGGUAUCGGGCACGGGUAACUUGUGACAUCCCUGUAAUAGGUUUGUUAUAUCAAGUGACGCCUGGAGGAUUGGGACCAAUUAUAUAUGGUUCCUACCGUGGAGGGAGCGUGGGCACAAAAAUACACGCUGUGGAGGUGGAUGGGAAAACGACAAAAUCAUGUGCCCAAGCGGUUGAAAUUACCUGGCCGUGUCCCGAUGAAGCUGCUGCUGCUGCAAUUUUUUAA